AUGUCAGGAAAGUCUACUUAUAUGCGUCAAGUUUGUCUUUUACAAAUUAUGGCACAAAUGGGCUGUUUGGUACCAGCAGAGUCUGCAACUUUUAUACCGAUGACGCAUAUAUUUUCACGUGUUGGGCAUAAUGAUGAUCUUGUAAGAAAUUUGUCUGGAUUUUCUGUUGAGAUGUCUGAAAUGGCUACAAUAUUACAAAAUGCAAAUCAAAGUUCAUUAAUAAUUAUUGAUGAAUUGGCUAGAAGUACAUCAACUGAAGAAGGGAUAGGAAUUAGUUAUGCAAUAUGUGAAAAAAUAUUGGCUAUUGGGGCAUUUACUCUAUUUGCUACACAUUUUUUGGAUAUGGCUCAACUUGAAAUUUGUUAUCCUGAAAUUGUUAGAAAUUAUCAUUUUUCUUCAAUGAAAUUUAAUGGAAAUGAUUAUGAUACAACUCCACAUAAAUUGUUUAAAGGUCCAUAUCAGGGUCCGUUGUAUGGUAAAUUUAAUUUUUUUCUUUCUUUUUUUAUUCCUUUUCGAUUAAUUUGUGUAAAAUCCGCAAAUUUUGUCCGCAAAAAUUUUUUUUUAAUUUUUUCCAAAAAAUUUUUUUAA